UGUAUGCAAAAGUGAUCAGUGCGAUAUGUGCAAUCUUCCUACUGGAUUAAGGAUGUGGGUGGUCUUCUUUUGCUAUUUGUUAGCGGAAGCGAAGACCUAUCCUAUGCAAGGAUGGCCAGUGUAUUCACAAGAUAUUAGAGAUUAUCAUGAUGACGAUUACUACUAUGCUCCUAAAGUUCAAUAUUACUAUGACACACCAGCCAUAAAUCCCCCGGAAGUUUAUGGUCAAGUUCCUUAUACGUAUAUGUACGAUCCGUAUGGCCAUUUCCCAAAUGAUGCACCGAAAAUAGAAGAAGAAAGAUUUUCAGCAUUACCCAUUGGACAAGAAACAUGGUUCGAAAGUGAUUCUAACCCUCGAUGGCGCUCCAACGACAUGGAUGACGUCAACGCCGCGUUCUUGGACAACCUUAUACUUACGCAAAUGGCAAGAGACGCUCAAAGGCGGCGUGAAAAUGCUCGAGCUGCUUUUUCGAAUAUGGACUAUGAAGACAAAGACAAUGACGACAAGGACGUACAAGAACUGAAAGCUUUAGCCGGAAAACCACUUUAUCAUGCUCCAAAAUCUGUUCCUAGAAUUGAAGAUGACGAGGAUGAAGACUAUGUAGGUGAUGAUUCUGAUGGCUUCAUUAAUUGGAAUGGAAAUAAACGAAGUCUUACCACUGAAGCACCUGUAACGAGCACAGAUAGCGCGAUGAUUGAAAAAAUGGGUCAAAAGGAAAUCGUGAUGACUCGCCCUCCUCAACAUGUACGCCAACACUUCAACACAAAAUUUGAUCAAGAAAAUCGAAACUCACCCUUUUACACGACCAUAGCUCGUCUUGUGGACAAUGCUAAACAUGAAUCAACGAAACCGAGAAGAAUCGAUAAACGCUUCGUAGCAAGUGAUUCAGAUCUGGUCGUCGAACUCCGUGGACUUAAACAUCGCAUCUCAACCUAAACUUCUUAAUGGAAAUCGCCAACUAAUAUGAGACUGAAUUACUUUAGCAUAGUAGAUACGUACGACACCAGCGACCUGAUAAUAAUCUUCUGAAAGGCCAUUGAAAAUACCAAAAAAAUAUUAGAUUGUAUAAUCACUAUGUACAUGCAACAUUGUAAUUAUUUUUUUAGAAAUACUUUUGAUUUUAAAUAUUAGAUUUUUUGUUAUAUUGAUUUUAUAAUCGUAGAUUUAUGGGAAAAUGUAAUGUACAAAAAGUGACUAUAAGCUCGUAUAGGAGACGUUGUUGUAUGUAUAAUAUGAGAUGUAUAGUUUUUCACUUCGAUCUUCGUAAGAUUCCCUUCACGAGGCAGCUAAUAAUUGCACAUUGACGUGCAUUGUAAAUAAAUUAGGUACUGAUUAUCUAAGAAUUAGAUAGAAAACGUUAUAUUAAAUUCUAAUUUUUGUAUACUAAGUAUUAAUACUUUUUGAUCUUUUUAUUGCAUAAAAAAUAAUUCAUUUAUGCUUGAAUUAUUUAUUAAGAACUUAAGACAUCUAGAAUUAAAAUGGCGUCCAGCACCGCGAAAAUGCGACCAUCUAUUGAACUGAUGGACACCCUAUUUUGGAAAGGAUUUAUUCUUAUAAUCCUUAAUAUUCACAAACCAUAAGAAUCAUGCUUAAAGUAUAAACUAUUAAUUUUUUUUUCCUAUUCCAAACGACAUGUAUCUAUCUAUAAAUAUUUUCUUUGUCGUUGCUAAACUUUUAUCUAUGUAUACUCAGAUGCAGGUGCUAAUAACUUAUUUUCUUAUGUACUACGGUCUAAGCGGACAAUACCAGAAAUCUUUUUGCAAAGCAAAACUUUAAAAUGUUAUAAUAUUAAAAACCUUUACUGUAUCUGUAAGAUGAGAGCGAUUCUCUUGGAGCGAAGAGGAUUAGGUGAUAUUUUAGCUUUACAGCUUCUUGUCUAAUAUUUAUAUUACAGCAGGUCUCUAAGACCCAUGUUAUAUGGAACAAAAUCUAAAUUUGUUAUAGAAAAUUGCAAUCAUGCAUUUCCAGUAUUCCUAACUUGUAAAUACAUUGUCUCUCUCAUAAACCGUAAAUAAGUAAUUUUGUAUCACACUUUUAUAUGUUCUAUUUGUCGUAAAUGACUUAUCUUUCUAAAGUACAUAUCUGAAUUAAUUAAAGUCAAAUUACUUUUUCAAAUUAAGGCGAAAUAAUCUCAGCCAUGAACUAGAUUGUAUAGUUAGUAUGAAUUUAGUGUCAUCUAUAAAGUAUUACUAGUUCAUGUAAACGUUACUAGUUCAUUAAAGAAAAUUUGUUAGUAAAAAUGUAAAUGACAUCUUUCGCAUUCCUGAAAUGUAACCAUUAUGUAAACAGGAGCCUUGACAUAUUUAGAUAGAUAAAUAAAAUGAAUGACAAAACGGCAUAAGGUCUAUCGAUCGAAUUUUUCGAGUUACAAGCUCAAUUUAUAAGGUACACGAAUCCUAUUAAAUGUUAUAAUUUAGGCAGUACCAAUGUCAUCCACUUAAAGGUACUGAAAAAUCUCAAGUAAACGAAGUAUAUAUAUACUAAACGUAUUAUGUUAAAGUGUAUCCUAUGAAAAAGGAAAUAAAAAAAUGAACUUCAA